GAAUUCCUAUAGCUCGCGCAAGGACUGCAACUCAAAGCGACCUCAAAACCAGAGAAUCAUUCAUUCUCCAAGCCAAGGUUGAGUCCUCGGUUACUCACUCCACAGGUAUCCUUGCCUUAUCGGUAUUUUUAUGGGCUUGCGAAAAGAUCUUGAACUACCGUACCUUGGUUGGCGAAAAAUAGGCCUCCUUUCCUUUUUCAGAUAAGCUGGCGACGUCUUAUCGCUUUCCUACUGGACCUUUGAAAGGGGCCUACAGGGAGCUGAAUAAUAGAGCACUUGAUGGAUCGGUGGGCUCCCUUCCAUCUGGUGUCAGUCAUUCCUAAAAGAACUGGAGCUUACAUGGCAAUCCUCGUAGAAAAUGCAAGCCGAUACCAGUGGAGAUUUCAGCGCGAAUUCAGGGAAUCAUAAUGAUUUUGGUAGCAGCAGCAGUCUAAAUACCCUUACCAAUAUCCAAACGAUAUAUCAAGCGUGUGUGUUUGGAGCUGGGGAGAGAGGUAUUAUCAGCUUUCCCGAUAGACUUCCACCAAAUAUCUAAUGCACUAUUACAACUAGACGAAGCACCUAGGCCUGAUCGGAUAAUUCCCUAUGACAGAAACAGCGAGUUUACUGGCCGAAAGGGCCUCAUCGAGUCGAUAAAGAGACAUUCAGAGGGUGACGGUCACCACCGGAUCGCACUUCAUGGAUUAGGCGGAUCAGGGUAUGUACUCAUUAUUUUUACUUCGGGGGUUUACUAAACUUCCUUAGAAAAACUCAGAUUGCCCUCGAAUACGUUUAUCAGCGCGCAAGCGACGCCGAUUGCGAUGUUUUCUGGGUGCAGGGGAGUGGGGUGUUAAAGUUUAUCGACGGUUUCAGGGCUAUUGCACACCAUGUUCGAAUUCCUCUUCCCAGCGCUGAGACCGACCAAGAGCAGUUUCUAGCGAGUAUUAAGGGGUGGUUCGAAGGUCCAGACAGUGGUCAUUGGAUACUGGUUAUUGAUAACGCCGACAAUGAAGAGGACUUUAUCGGCAACAGCGGGCCCAUCUCCAAAUUUUUACCGCAAGGCCAAGGUGGCACUCCAAUAUUUACCACUAGAUCUCUCCGGGUUGCAACUUGGCAGGGUUGCGAAAGGAUCGAUGUUGGAAGGAUGGGGGAGGAUGAAGCCCAAUCAUUGUUUUCAAAGCGCUUUGGCAGCUGGAACCUUUCGAGUGAUGAAGAAAAAGAGGCUGCCGAAAUGAUCCUUAGUGCCGUGCACGAUAGCCCGCUGGCUAUCGUGGGUGCGACAGCCUUCAUGGCCGAAACCCAGACACCGCCAUCCGCUUAUUGGAGAAUUCUCCGGGGAAGCGAAGAACAAGCUAGGAGACUAAUUUCGCAACCGUUUUGUAACAUCAAACCAGAGGCGGAUAUGACCGCAAGCAUCCUAGCUACGUACCUUAUCACCUUUGAACGAAUCACACUCAAAGUGCCCCUAGCAGCAAAUAUUCUACGUCUAAUGGCCGUCUUCGAUCGUCAGAACAUACCCGCGGAGUUAUUGAAUCAAAGUUGCUUGGAACGGAUAGAUGGCCCCAUGGAGUUUCGUUUGGCCAUUGGAAGAUUGUUGGGAUUUUCGCUAGUUACGACUGUUAAUCGCGAGGAUCAGGCAUUUUACGAGCUUCACCGUUUGGUCCAGCUGUCUUUACAAGUGUAUUUACCGACAGAAGAGUUGGAUCAGUUGAGGGCCACUGCGCUGGGGAUGAUUUUAAGGUUCUUACCUCAAGAUGAGAACAAGUGGAGAGAUGUUGAUCGCACAUACAUUCCACAUGCACUUGCAGUAGCCAAAGGUUCAACGGAUCCCAUAGCCGAAGAACUGUGUUUUCGCCUGGGACAGUACUUUCGAGAUAUGGGUUCCUACAAUAACGCAGAAUCCCAAUUCCGUCGAUGUAUUGCACUUAGGGAAAAGAGUAAAGAGUAUGACUGGGAUGGGGAAGGCCCGAUGAGGGUUAUACACCUGGGGGUGGUAGUCGCAUAUCAAGGGAAGGCAGAAGUGGCUGAGGAGAUAUUUCAGAAUUUCUUAGAGGAUAUGGUGCCGUCAUUGGGCUCGGAUAAUCCCACCGUCUUGCGGGCUGUCCACUGCCUGGGUAUCGUGCUACGAUACCAGGGAAAGUACAACGAAUCAGAGGAGAUGAACCGGCGUGCACUGGAGCGACGUGAGAUUAUUCUUGGACCAGACCACCUUGACACCCUAAGAAGUGCCAGUAACCUGGCUACUGUGCUGCAAUACCAGCAAAAGUACAAUGAAUCAGAGGCGUUGAUUCUCCGUGCACUGGAGGGGUAUCAGAAGUGUCUUGGACAAAACCAUCUCACCUUCUUGCAAAGUGCCAACAACCUUGCCAUUGUGCUCCAGUACCAACGAAAGCACAACGAAUCGGAGAUGUUGAAUCGACAUGUACUAGAGGGGUAUGAGAAAGUUCUUGGACCGGAUCAUCCCGACACCCUAUCUAGUGCCAACAACCUGGCUGCUGUGCUGCGGUACCAAGGAAGGUACAGCGAAUCAGAGCAGAUGAAUCGGCGUAUAUUGGAGGCGCGCAAGAGGAUCCUCGGACCAGACCAUCCCAACACCCUAUCAAGCACCAACAACCUCGCUAUUGUUCUUCAAUAUCAAGGAAAAUACAGUGAAUCAGAGGAGCUGAAUCAGCGUGCACUAGCGCGGUUUGAGAAAAUUCCUGGACCAAACCAUCCGGACAACCUGUCGAGUGCCAGAAACCUGACCUUCCUGCAACGAUCCCAAGGAGAAUCUAGAGAUUCAGAGAUGAUAGGGCGGAAUACACAGCGGGCUCUUCCAACCAACCCAAGCGAAACUACGACGCAAUUCGCUAGCCGUGUUGUCCGUUAUUUGUGGAGAAGUGUUGGAAAUUUUUACUUUUUUUUGUAUGUGCUCUUUAUUUUCUCCUGUUAUUUUUUAUAUACAUAUUUUUUUUAAUCUCUUAGCGGUAUAUGAUGUUGGUUCAUGUUUGAUAUGACGUCUCACCCAAUAAGCUCUUCGCUGCCGCCACUUUACUAUUGCUGUAAUAAUAAUAUGUCACUCGUUUGUUAUCGUUCUGGCGGGUGUCUUAAAUGCCAAAACAUAAUCCGAGUUACCCACCAGUCCC